GCUUUUCUAAACUGCAUUAUGAAGCCCUGGAAUGAAAUCUGCACAUCUUAUUGUACAUGUAGGAAGCUGUUUUUGCCAGAGACAAAGGCCUGCAUACCCAAUUCUAAACUGGCAUAACUCCAUGGCAGUUUUCAUAUUUCUAUUUUUUUUCAGAAAUAGCUAUAUUUAUGUAUAUUAAGUAGAAUUUCUUAUUUAUUCCUUUCUUUGACAAUACCUUGCAGCACCCCCUCCCCCUAAGGAAUUCUUAGCAUUCUGCACAGGUAUUCUCCCCAGCAAUGUAUGAGCAACCUUUCAACUACAUACAUCACACUCCUCCAGCCAAAGGAUAUAUUUGCUCAACUUGUAUACAAAACUUUUUAGCUCAUAUUAUGUGUGACUGUUAAUAUGAAAUCUCAGUAUUUAGAUAUUGAACAUAAAUACACGUCUCUGUACAUACAUAAUCUUUGUUGACCCUUGAAAUUGGGCUUGGGCAAAGAACCUACAGGUUGGCAACAUUGAAGUUCAUUUAUUGGUUGGGGCAAGGUGCUAAAUGCAAAAAAACAUUAGCAAGAUCAUGUGUUUUUUUUACACUUUGCAAUAUGGCUACAGAAGAAGAAGAGGACAUGCAUUCCCUCCAUGAAUACAGCACUACCUGUGUAAGGCAGUGAUGUCUUUAUGAGGGGCUGAUGGGGAGAUGCAUCCAUCCUCCAACCCCCUACCUAUCCCCUAGGUUGCCCCACUCUCAAGAGCGGUGUACGAACUUGAGAUAAUAGUGAUGUGUGGGACCUGGGCGUCGGGCAGGUUAAGGUGACCUCAGCACCUUUGCGAGUUGUGGGCGGUUGCAGGUUGAGCUCUUCUGCCUGCUCUCCCCGCCUGCGACCUUACACUGCCGGCUUUCUGCUUCUGUUUUUAUGGACGCACACUUGUUAUGCCCCACCCCUUUCAUGACUUCAUUGGCGGGUUGAGUCGGUGCGGGCCUAUAAAUAGAGGGGAGGAGGCAGGUGUGAGCGCCUCGGGUUGGGUGUGGGUCAAGAAAAACCCAAUCCACACUUCAUUAUGUGAUAACAUACUUGUUGCCUAUAAUUUUAAUUACGAAAUAUGUUUGUCUUUUGUUAUUUCUUGCAGUUAACAGGGCUUUUUCUGAAACUGAAAAUAAAGCUAACAUUCUAUGUCCUAUAGUUUAUACAAUGGGCUUCUCAGUGAACUGCUGAUUUCUUUCGGAGAACAGGAAGUAGACUGUGUCACGUUUACUGCAGAAUAUGUUGGCAUUAUAUAAAGAAUAAUAUAACAAUAAACCUGAUCUCAUGACAGCCCCAACCCACUUGGUACAAUUUCACCUGCUGAAUAAGGCAAACUGUCUGAAUACUACAACUCUCUAGACUCAUGAUGGAUUCGGAAGCCCAUGAAAAAAGAAAAAGUGACUUGGUUCUUGCCACUGCAAAGCAUGAUUACAAACCUUGUACAGUUACUGUUGGAUCUGGAAAGCAUUACGUAUGUGGAUACUUUGCUGCUUUCACAAAUAUAGCUAUCACGUUCCCCAUUCAGAAAGUGCUGUUUCGACAGCAGCUGUAUGGCGUAAGAACCAGAGAUGCGGUAAGGCAGCUUCAGACAGAUGGUAUUCGCAACUUGUACCGAGGUAUCCUUCCUCCUCUCAUGCAGAAAACCACUACACUUGCCCUUAUGUUUGGCCUUUAUGAAGAUUUUUCGAGCCUUCUUCUUAGGCACACAGAUUCUCCUGAGGUUGUAACAAGGAGUGUAGCUGCAAUCCUCGCUGGGACAACUGAAGCCUUGCUUUCACCCUUUGAGAGAGUUCAGACACUGCUGCAAGACUACAAGCAUCACGAUCGAUUUACAAACACGUUUCAGGCUUUCAAAGUGUUACGGCCUUAUGGAAUAAGGGAGUACUACCGUGGCCUGGUUCCCAUACUACUGCGAAAUGGACCUAGCAACGCUCUCUUUUUUGGGCUUCGUUCCCCAAUUAAGCAGUGCCUUCCAGAAGCUAAAACAUACAGUGCAAAUUUAAUCAAUGACUUUAUAUGUGGUGGACUACUUGGAGCCAUGCUGGGAUUUCUUUUUUUCCCAAUUAAUGUGGUAAAGGCCCGCAUGCAGUCCAAGAUAGGGGGAGAAUUUAUAUCAUUUGGAAAAGUCCUCAUGAUAAUAUGGACAGAGCGUGAUGGCAAACUAACUCAUCUUUUCCGUGGGGCACAUUUGAACUAUCAUCGUUCAAUCUUGUCUUGGGGUAUCAUCAAUGCAACGUAUGAGCUGCUGUUAAAAGUACUUUAAGCAGACGUGUAAGAUGUUUCAAGCUUAUUGUCUUUUAUCUCAGUCUAGGGAUCAAAAUAUUCUAGUAGCAUUACAGGAAUAUAGCUGUGUACAAUGAAAGAAUGUCACUGUAGUUUGUGCAAAACAUUUGAGAAAAACAAAGCAGAUCAAUUCAUGAUUGAAUGAAAGUGUUGUAGUUAUUUGGGCAUGACUAUUGUAUUGUUGGCAGGUUAAGUACAUAGUACUUUUGUGCACACGUCUGGAUAUACUUUGUGCAAGCUUUAAACGUUGCCAAAAAUGUUGACAUAAAUACGCAGCCAUAUACUUCACAAAAAAACACUGUAUCUGUAUUUAUGUCAGCUCUAUAAAGUCUAAUUCUAAAUUAAUGUUUAAUGGGUCUAAAAAUGUCAGUUAAAUUACUUAACGAAAAGUAGGCGCAGUGGAGCUUGUGGGCGCCAUCUUCCGGCUCUCGAGUCUUCAUCUGUAACAGAGCGCCGUACUCGCGAAUGCGUGGUUGGAACAAUCUUACGGAGCGUACCGACUGUCAGAGAGAACCCAAAGAAAUCCGAAGAUCCGGAAGAUGGCGUCUACAAGCUCCGCUUCGCUUACUCAGCACUGUUAGGUGGGAAAAAUUUUAGGAAGAUUUUCAGACCUAUUGAACUAUGCGAGGGGAAGCAGAGAGGGGGACUAUCUUGCUUACUAGGUAUGGGCUUUUUAUAAUUCGGGGGUUGAGUUCUCCAAAUUUGGAUUUGUAAAUUUCUAAUCCUCCACAAAA